AGGCAUGCAGAUAACAAUUUGUCGGAGGUUAGCCUCUUCUUGCAGGUAACUUUUUCUAAAUAUAAUAUUUUCAUCUUCAACUGCUAGCAUCUGUGACGACUGACAAACUUCUAAUCUUCUCCUUUUAACAGAUGAGGUGGAGGGGCUUGGAGUGGAGGUGCUUUGGGUAGACGUGCUUGGAGUACAGGCUGUUGGGUUGGAGGUGAUUGGAGUCGCCGCGGUGGAGGCAGGUGGCGUGGCUGGAACACUGAUGUCUUUUUCCUCUUCUAACUUUCGUUUUUUACACUCCCUGGCCGUCUCCGCUUUCUUGCGCAUCUUCAACACGUGCUUCUUUACCCCUCCCAUGAUUACAGCUUGAGAAAUAAUGGCAAAAAAGAAUAAAUCGCGUGUGUGUCUGGGAGGCCGGGAAGCGACAACCUUACCCCUUCAGCUUUGGUAAGGCACUGAAGGCCAGGGCCCGUAUUCUACAUACCGUCAUAACUUCUUCUGACGGUCAUAGCGGAACAAAAUGGCGCAUUUCAGACAUAACUCCGUCAGAAACUCUUAUGGUCGACCAUAAACUCUUAUGGACGACCAUAAAAUUGCGCGGGACGCUGAGGUCGGGUUCACCCUGUCAUAACUCUGCUUAUGACCGUCAGAAGCGCGUCAACAUGGCAGCCCCACGUCAACACGCUCCCCAGCCUUUUCGAAGAAGAGACGUACUGAACGAGCUCAGCGAUGCUGAGCUUAUCAGAAGAUACAGAUUUGACAAGGAAGGUAUUUUGUACGUCACUAAUCUUGUGAGGGAAGCCUUGUCAAGUGACACCAAGAGGAGAAACCCACUCACCCCGGAGAUGAAGGUGAUCAUCACACUACGGUAUCUUGCCACGGGAAAAAUGCAAAUGUGUAGCAGCGACGACCUCGGCCCAUCACAGCCCAGCAUCAGCAGAGCCAUCACCCAGACCAUUGACGCCCUUGCAAACGUCAAUAUUCUCAAGCAGUUCAUCAGCUUCCCCACCACCCAAGACGUUACUGAGGCGAACAAGGCAGACUUCCUCACCAUUGCAAAUUUUCCCGGGGUUAUUGGUGUCGUUGAUGGGACACACGUAAGGAUUGUGGCACCAAAGGAGGAGGAAGACGUGUUUGUCAACCGCAAGGGCUAUCACAGUAUUAAUGUGCAGGUCAUAUUUGAUGCCAACUAUCGAAUACUGGAUAUCCUAGCGAAGUGGCCUGGCUCAGUGCAUGAUGCACGUAUUUUGAAUGGCUGUGGAGUGGCAGAAUUGUUCCAGAGAGGGCAUGUGCCACCAGGUAGUCACUUGUUGGGAGACAGUGGCUAUCCCAGCAAGCCAUGGCUCCUGACACCUUACCUGCGACCUCUGCCUGGACCUCAGUCACGCUAUAAUAGGGCCCACAAACGGACACGGAGUGUUGUGGAACGGGGAAUAGGACAGCUCAAGCGCCGCUUUCAUGUCCUACACAGCGAGGUCCGAGUAACUCCCCCGGUGAAGGUGUGCAAGCUGAUACAUGUAUGCGGCAUGCUCCACAACAUCUGCAAGGACAGGAAUAUUCCCAUUCCUCUCGAUGCGGCUCAACCUAACGCUGAAGAAGUGGAUCUUGCCAUGGCACAACCUGAAGGUGUGCAAGUUGUGCCGCCACUUCCAGCUGGUCAGCGGAAUGAAGGUCGCCUGUAUCGAGAUGAAUUCUGCAACUUGCAUUUCCACAAUGGAGACUGAAACCCGUUCCUCAGCACGACUGGACAAGUACAUGCCAAGCUGCCUCCCGUGCCCUUUCAGCUGCCUCCUGCGCCCUUGCAGCUGCCUCCUGCGCCCUUGCAGCUCCUGUGAAGGCCCGAGCACAAGCCGCCACCUCCUCUGCGGCUGCCUUCAUGGCCCGUGCAGCCUCCUCCCCAGCCUGUGCA